UUCAGUAAUGGCGGUUGCCGUUACUUUAAUGUAAUUUACCGCCAUCGUACUGAAUAAUUGCACUCGUGACUGAAAUAAAUUGAAAUUCAGCAUUCCAGUCAUGGAGACUUGCGUGAGAGGAUUUUCUUUUAUGCCGGACACUAAAGCUGAAGUUAAGGAUUUACAGUUUAUCGAGGGUAGCGAACUGCAGCGAGCUUGGAAAGCAACACGUCGGGAGCGGAUGAGGCAACAAGAACAGAAGAUAUGGGAAGAGUUCGUCAAAGAACAAGAUGUUGUUAGAAACGUUUGCAAAGAUGAUCCUUACCAAUUCUUGGAGCAGCUGCCCGAAGCGUGUCUCAAGGAGCUGCUGAACAUUGAACUGCAGAAGAUGAGAAAAGAGCAAGAGGAAACAGAAGUUGCAGUAAUUGAGCCCGAUGUACUGUCACAAGAUGAAGCCGAUUCUACACCCAUUGAAAAUACCAACCAACACGUAGUUACGUUCGUAGAUGAUACGGAGAAAGAAGAAUGUGAUAUAUUCGAUAUCUUUGAGGACGAUAACGAUAAGGAAUCAGGACCUGAGGAUGAAGUUCUGAAUGAUUCCCUCGACAGCCCGAGUACUGUACGGGAGCAGCAAAAUAAUGAAUUACCGCCUGAAUCACAACCGUGCAGCUCCGAUAAAGCUUCAAGCAAAUCUUCUGAGAAUGUUACCAAUACGAUAGAGAGCACUAUAUACUGCGCUAAAGUUAAAGAAAUCAGGAUCAAAUUAACUGAAGAACUCCUCAGCAUUAUAGAGACUAUGAAACAGCGUAGUAAUAUGAACUUAGAACCCGAAGACCUAGCCAAGAUGUCUCGCCGCGCCGCUGAGUUUUGUUCAAGAUUCAACAGGAUUCACUUAUAUCAACUUCAAAGGCAGAUCCAAGAUAUCAAACGCAAUAAUACAGUGUCUUUACCCUUUGCGAAGCACACGCAAUUCCAAUCGCAGAUGGUGAGGAUCGUGUCCCUUCAUCAGAAUAUGCUGCACGCGUUUCAGAUGUUACACAAAUCGCUGCAGCAGACGGGAUGCGUGCGAGCAGAGCCUGGGUCCGGCUUGCGCGGUGUACUGCGGCUUGCUCGCGAUCUGCCGUCGCCCACGGCCGCCCCUUCGCCCAACGUCGCCGCCCUCUACCACGACGACGUGAUACCCACCUGCGACAAAUUGGAAGACGUUAUUAAUGAAUUCGCCGAGAGGAUGUCAGAAUGCAUGACCAAUGUUGGUAAUUCUAACGCCUCAAAUUCAAAGCAACCGAGAAAAAAUUUAGCGAAGCAGAAAUCGCGCGGUACCUGGUCUAAAUUUAGAACUAAAGUACCGGAGGCCGAUGCAAGACUUUCGAUGUAUUCACUGGACACUCUGCGUCUAAACCUCAAUCCAAAGACGAUAAGCUCAAGAGACAAUCAAUCCAGUGCUACAUCAAAAUUGCGUGGAGGUAUGACCAGCUCAGAUGUGAAGCCAGCGGAGAACCAUCCUCCGUCCAAGGGUCGCAAGUCUCCUAGGUCUCGGCGUCCAUUGAUGCGGGACCCUCAGUCGGAUCGGUCCAAACGUAAGCUCCCCAAAGAGACAGACAUACAAACAAUGGUGGAAGCUGUUGGUGCGUGCGCUUCAAGCCACAUCAGUCGUGAAGUCAGUCCAAACCCAAUAAGAAACUCCACACGUCGCAGCAACUAUAACAGCCCAAAGUCAACAAGAAUCAAAGAAGCCACCCCAAGAAUGCUGAGCCGUGGCCAAAAUAAACUGCGUACUCAAAGCCCUAAAACUAAAAACGUUCAAAACAGAUCUAUAAGUCCUAACCAGCAAACUUUAGAUGCGAUUUUAAGUGGCAUCAGAAAUGAUCUUCAAAAUGCUCAAGAUAUUCCUCAGGUUCACAUGAGCCCUGUGUCAAAUAUAAUUAACUCCAAGACAGAGAGUAAUCAGGAAUAUAAGAACCAUCAAGACAAAACGAAAAGAGGAGAUUCUCCACGCCCGGCUGCUGUAAAUGAAGAACAGAUGGAUAAAAAGACCGAACGUGAUAGAAAUAAGACAACGAGCAUGGGACCGGCCAGGUGUGAGGUCACGAGGAUUGUAAGACAACUCUGCGGAGGAGAUACCACAGGAAGUAAGAAUGAAAAAGUGUCAGGCGCUAAGAACGCUAAGCUGGUCUGCAUCAGCGGUGGAAGUCCUCGGCAGCCCAGCACUCCUCAACUGUUGCGGAUAUUAGAAGAAACAAUUCAGAAGAAGGCUCCUAAGCCGCUGUUUCAAAAGCCUCCUCCUAUCAGAGACACUGAGCGCUUCCACCUCACUUUCAACAUUCCAGAGGAAACAGCUGAUAAAAUAUUCGAAUACAGGACAAAAUUUGUUCAGCACAUGCUAACAAGCCCCAUGUAUGCCAACAGUGUGGUCGGGAAACCUUGGGAGGUGAUUGGCAGGAUAUCCGAACAAAUAAUUGAUGAGCUGCUAUUAAGAUGCGCCAAUGAAAUGGAAAUUGGAGACGUCAUCCAACAGAUAUACAAUCAAGAGAUAAAUUAAUU